UAUGCGUACUUGUUAUUCCGGUACUAUGUUGCGCUUUGGUGUGUUGCUUCUGGUGGUUGCCGCGACCGCGGUCCCGCCCGUGACGAAGUCUCGAGAUGAGAUCGAGGCGUUUAGGAGUUUCUUGGAAAGCGGCAAGUCUGACUCUGGCUUCCGCAUCGAAGACCGCCAAGCGGCCAACCCGCACGCCAAGGCGUGGGAGAACAGCGGCAAGUACCAGGGCGACAUACUGCUGGACGAGGCGCAGGUGCAGGGCAUGGUGGAAGACUUCGCCGCCGGCCGCAACGCGUACAUCUGGCCGAACACCAAGUGGCCCGACAAUGUCGUGGUGUAUGAGUUCGCGCAGGGGCACUUCACCCAGGCCGCCCAAAACGCCAUCUUGGCUGGCAUAGCGGCCAUCGAGAGAAACAGCUGCGUCCGCUUCAGACUCAGGAACAACAACGACAGAAACUACGUCCGUGUUACCAACUUCAACGAUGGUUGCUACGCGCACGUGGGCUACUGGUCCACCCGCGGCGUCCACAUCCUCAACCUGACCUGGCCCAGCUGUUCCCUGCACACCACCAUCGUGCACGAGUGGCUGCAUAUCCUGGGCUUCCUGCACAUGCAGUCUACGUACAACAGGGACGAUUUCGUCAGGAUUAUGUGGGAGAACAUUUGGCCUGGCAUGGAACAUAAUUUCGACAAGUACGAAUCGAACAUAGUCAGCAACUUGGGGUUACCCUACGAAUACGCCAGCUCCAUGCACUACGGAGGUUAUGGAUUCAGCGUCAAUGGACGCCCCACCAUGGUCGCAUUGUAUGAUUGGGCCGGAGUGAUGGGCCAGCAGGACUACGUCACCUACUGGGACUACCUGCGCGUGCGACGCCACUACAACUGCCCUGGAGCGUGGAGCGAGGAGGUCCAGGCCGAGCCCCAACAACCUUCAGCUGAACCCUUGACUAACGAGGCUUAA